AUGUAUUUAUGGCUACUUCUUGCACUGCACAUCGGCUUUCUCUCGGCACACGAUGAGACCAUCUCAAAAUUUGAUAGUCAACAGUAUUCAGUACGCCAGGAUGUAUAUAAUAAAAAUACAAGGUUUUUAAUCUAUGAGGUCAACCCCGGAGAGGGCUUCAACCUGAGAAGAGAUGUCCAUUCAAGAAUUACAAAUACUGUGCGAAUAUUGAGAGAAAAAGGAGAAGACUUCGUGCUCGUGCUCCCACCUUGGGGAGGAUUAUACCACUGGGGAGACCGAGCCGUUAAAGUACCCUGGUCUACCUUUUUCGAUCUGAAAGCCAUGACAAGAUUUGUGCCGGUUCUGGAGUUUGAUGAGUUUAUAAAAGUCCACGGUUCUGACAUCCUACCCCUUGUUGUCUAUCUACAACAUUAUAAAGAAGGCUGGGGCGAGCAUUACGAGAUGAAAUGGGACAAAAGAGAAUGUUUGGAGGAUGGUCGAAGGCUUUAUAGGAUGGAUCCAGAGGCUAAAAAAUGGCGUGGCUGGUUCUUCUCCUACCCAGACAUAUACGCCGAUAAAUUUGAAUGCGUGUCUUUUCAAGGGGAUUCCACGAUCUUAGCAAAUAUGAUCUUAAAGGAUUAUAAAAACGAAAAAGUAAUCUUCCUCGAUCGUGGGGAGACCAUUUUGCAUCAUGAUUUUGGGGGAGUAAAUUAUUGGAAAGCCAGAAGAUGUAUGAGAUACGCACCUCAUCUUAUGCUAAUUGCAGCCGAGUAUAGAAAAGAAUACCUUGAUUCUGAAGACGAAAAAGAUGGCACCGUGCUUCCGGAGAAAUGGGAGGACGAGAAGCAGGGAGAAGCUACGGGCGGCCCUUAUAUCUGUCUACAUUGGAGACGAAAAGAUUUUGUGAAAGCUCAUGGAAAUGAGCUACCAAGCAUUAAAGGGACUGCAAAAAUUGUUAAAAAGUUGCUUAAACAAGAAAAUCUCACUAAAAUAUUCCUAUCAACUGAUGCACCUAUUGAAGACAUUUUCAGAUUAAAAGAAUACGUGGGCGAUAAAGGAGAGAUAUUCACGUUUGAAGAUGAUCAAUUAAGUGAUGGUGAAAUAGCAAUUAUCCACCAGAUUAUCUGCAGUCGUGCUCGUUAUUUUACUGGCUCUCACGUAUCCACGUUUUCUUUCCGGAUUCAAGAGGAUCGUGAGAUUCUGAAAUUCCCAUUCCAAACGACGUUUAAUCGGAUGUGCCCGGAUGGGAAGAAGGAUUGUGAGCAGCCGACGCAUUGGGAGAUUAAAUAU